UCACUAGUAAUCUUCCAUACAAUAUUGAAAACAUCAUUAUGAGGAAAACUUUCUGUGCUAUGCUUGUUCUAGUUGCUGUAUUGUUCUUUGGAGCUGCAGAGUUUUGUUCUGGUCGGAACACAAGCUUUAGCUGUACAGAAAAGGAGAGAGAAGCCCCUUGAAGUUCAAACUUUGUUUCCAUGAUCCAUCGCAUAUGUUGUCUUCUUGGAAAGGCAAUGAUUGUUGUGAAUGGAGAGGAGUAGGCUAUGAUAAAAAUAACAGAUAUGUUGUCUCGCUUCAACUUAGGGGAUCAGUAUUUGGUAAUCAACGACCUCAAUUGUACUUGAUUGACGAUGUAAAGGAGGUUGGUUCAAGUUUGCUGAAGUUGAGAUACUUAGAACACCUGGACUUGAGCAACAAUAAUUUCAGUGGUAAUCUUAUUUCACCCUCCCUUGGCUUGAUGAAGCAGUUGAGGUACCUAAAUCUCUCUUAUGCACAGUUUAGAGGAAGAAUUCCUGGUGAACUUGGAAAUCUUACAAGGCUUCGUGUCCUUGAUCUUUCUCAGUAUUAUUAUGGGGGAUUGAAGGUUGAUGAUGACAUUCAGUGGAUUUCUCGUCUCUCCUCUUUGCAACGACUUGAUAUGAGUGGAGUAAAUUUAAGCCAUGCCUCAUCAAACUUGUUCCAGGUACUUGGUAUGCUUUCUUCAUUAUCAUGGUUGAGUCUGUCAGAUUGUAGUCUAAAAAAUUCUCACCUACCAUCUCACAACCACCUCCUUAAUUUUACGUUGCUUGGAAAUAUUCAACACUUCGAUAUGUCACAGAACUCUUUUCAUGGUCCAAUACCUAUUUUUCUCCAAAACAUGACUUCAUUGACAUUUCUUGAUAUAAGCGGAGUAAAUUUAAGUCUUACAUCAUCAAACUUGUUUCAAGUACUUGGCAUGCUUCCUUGACUAUCAUGGUUAAGUUUGUCAAGUUGUAGUCUCAAAAAUCAUCACUUGCCAUCUUGCAACCAUCCCAUUAAUUUUACAUUGCUUCGUAAUAUUCAACACUUAGAUCUUUCAAUUAACUUUUUCCAAGGUCCAAUACCUAUAUUUCUCCAAAACAUGACUUCCUUGAUAGUUCUUAAUCUUUUUAGCAAUCAAUUGAGUGGGAGUAUUUCAUAUAGCAUCAGGCAACUUUCUAGGUUAAAAAGCAUAAGUCUCUCUGACAAUCAAUUGAGUGGGAGUAUUCCAGAUAGCAUCGGGCAACUUUCUAAGUUAGAGAGCAUGUAUCUUUUUGGGAAUCAAUUGAGGAGUAUUCC